AUGGCGAACCACGUUUUCCCAGACCAGGAGCAGCUGCUGCAGUUCCUGAGGAGGCUCAAGGAGGUUUUCGACGUGUGUGACGAGGAUGCCGACGGCUUCAUCCGGGUGGAGCACCUGCUGGACCUCGGUGUUCAGUUCGGACAAGGAGACGAGGUGAAGGCAUUGACCAGGCACCUGGAUCCUAAUGCUCAUGGGAAAAUCAACUUUAAAGACUUUUGCCAUGGAGUGUUUGCUAUCAAAGGUUGUGAGGAGAUUCUGAAGAUGGCUGUGGGUCCUCGGAGUGCGACCUCCAACCAGCAAUCUGUUACCGACAAUGGUUACGUUUACCAGAACGGUGAGGCCAGGCUGCCCAAUCCAAUCAUCAUGUGCACCCGCUCCUUCCCUGAAUGCAGUGUUUACAGGGAGGGUUGUGGUCCUGAUGGGGAGUGUGACAUGGACAGCAGCACUGAAAACGCCAACACCUCUGACUCUUUGCACCCAACACGAAAAGACAGCCAACUCGCUGGCUCAGCGUCCACGUCCGUCAUCUCUGGUGAGGAGCAGUUUGAGGACUACGGUGAGGGGGAGGAUGUGGAUUUCAUUCCCAGCAGCCCUUGCCCUGAAGAAGACAACCGAACAAAUGGCUUCUCAGAUCUGGGAUCAUCGCUUCCCUCGAGUGCGGGGCAGACGCCCCAGAAGAUGCGGCAACUAUAUAACAGUGAGCUGCUGGACAUCUACUGUUCUCAGUGCUGCAAGAAGGUGAAUCUGCUCAAUGACCUGGAGGCUCGACUUCGAAACCUCAAAGCCAACAGCCCUAACAGAAAGAUAACCAGCACAGCAUUUGGACGUCAGCUGUUCCAGGCCAACCACAGUGUGUUUGGGUCGAGUCAGGGCAGCAGCACCGAGGAUCUGUUCACCGACAGCAUCGACUCCUGUGAUCUUGACAUCACAGAGAAAGUCAGUUAUUUGGAGAAGAAGGUGACAGAGCUGGAGAGUGAAAGUCUGGCAAACGGUGACCUCAAGUCGAAACUUAAACAUGAAAACACACAACUAGUCCACAGGGUCCAUGCGCUGGAGGAGCAGGUGAAGGAUGCUGAAACGAGGGCAGACCAGUGUCUGGAGGAGGAGAGCAAGAGGCACCGGGAGGCUUACACCAAGAUGGAGCGAGACAGAAACUUUGAGAUGGACCUGCUCUGUAACAGGUUACAGCAAUUAGAAGAGGAAAAUGGAGAGAUGAAGUUAAAUGUGUGUCGACUCAAGUCUCAGACCGAGAAACUGGACCAGGAGAAGCAGAGAAUGACAGACAAGCUGGAGGACACUAAUCUGAGGCUGAAAGAUGAGAUGGACCUUUACAGGAAGAUACUGGACAAGCUCUGGCACAACCGCCAUGCGUUUCAGAAGGAGAAGGAGUCUAUGCAAGAGCUGAUUGAUGAUCUGCGCCGGGAGCUGGAGUAUCUGCAGCUGUUUAAGCUGGAAAUGGAGCAUCCUGGGCAAGGCAAGGGGUUAUCCGAGUUCAACGCCAAGACCAGGGAGAGUGAAAUGGAACAUGAAGUCAAGAGACUGAAACAGGAGAACUACAAGCUGCGGGAUCAGAAUGAUGACUUGAACGCUCAGAUUCUCAGUCUGAGUUUGUAUGAGGCUAAAAACCUCUUUUCCUGUCAAAGCAAGGCCCAGUGCUUGGCAGCCGAGAUCGACAACGCGUCCAGAGAUGAGCUGGUAGAUGCUUUGAAGGAGCAGGAGGAGAUCAACCUGCGUCUGAGGCAGUACAUGGACAAAAUCAUUCUGGCCAUUCUCGACCAUAACCCCUCUAUUCUGGAGAUCAAGAAUUAAAUCUCUCUCUCUCACAAACACACACACACACACACACAUAAAACACAUGUGUCGCUGUAGUUGAGUUGAGCUUCCAUUACCUGACCAUUAGCCUGAUUAUUAUUAAAUGCUGAUAAUUAGCUGCAGUUGAAGGGCUGGGAAGAGUGGAAGAGGUGUGAGGAGAGAGUGGUCUACUUUCAGAAAUGACAUAUUUUGGCUUUCAAAUGUCAGUCGUGAUUGAUGUGUCAACACCCAUGAUUAUAGCAAGUGCAGUUUAAUACUAAAGCUCCCAGAACUCUGGGGUCAAUAACCACUUGUUGGUCAGCGACUUUGUCAGAAAUACAGAAUAGCGAUUUAUUACAGUGAGGUUCAGUUGAUCGAUUCCUGUGGAUCGCUCCAACUCUGAAUUUCCAACCCUGCAGCAAACAAUUACAGUUACUUUAGAGAAAUACUUACGGUGUGUAAAUACUAUCACCGCUACACACACAGACACACACACACACACACACACACAGUACUGUAUUAUUCAUCAGUGGGAUCAUCACCACAGCAUUUUUCCUCCUGGACCACUAAUAAUAUUGAAAUGUCUGUCAGUCACUGCAGAACUACAUGUGCCACCAGUGUUUUAUUACCUCUAAUAUUUGAAGCCAGUGUAACUGCCACUGUUCACUUUAUUACUUGUAGACACUGUCAUUUUUCUGAUGGGGAUUCAGACUGAAUCAGAAUCCAGAUAUAAAGUUAGCAUGUUUACUACAAACUGUUGCCAAAGCUGUCUGUCAUGCUGCAGGUGUUCCAGACAGCCAUUUGUUUCUUUCACUUCAUGAUACUAUGAAAAUCUCUUUGUAGAGACUUGAAAUCUACUCAAUAUGACGAUUGCUAUAAUUCUUCACAAUCAUAAUAUAUAUUUGAUGGCAAUGCUGAGCAGAUUUUUCGAACCGAUCUACGAUUAUAUAUAUAUAUAUAUAUAUAUUAAAGUUAGGAUGAAAGUUGGGAAUGAAUAAAUACCAGUGGAAGAGUUUAAAAAAAAGAGUUCAAGAUUUUGGGGAUUGCAGCUUUUUGUAGAACAGAUCCUGGAGUCAGGAUGUUGUUAGCUUAGCUUAGCAUAAAGACACAGCUGGACAACUUCUCUAAAGUUCAUUGAAUAACAAUUAUCUCAAAUGAGUAAGCUGGAUGUUAUCAGUGGAGUUAUAUUUUGGAUCUGCUUCUUGAGUGAUGAAGAACUUAUUAUAUUUAAAAUACUAGAAUGGCACCAGGUAUAGCACAUAUCUCUGCCAAGGACAAACUGUACCUUAUGAAACUAAAUCAGUUUUUUUAAUUUUAGUUUUUCAUCAUGAUCCAUGAAUUAUUUCCCAGGAAAUUGAUGAAAUGUAAAAAUGACAAGAAAACGCUCUAUCUCCCAAUCUCCUGGAUUCGUCCAGAUCUGUGCCAAAAUGUAAUUGGUCUUUCUCGGCCCACGACCCAUCCUUCCACAAAGUUUCAUUGAAAUCUGUUUGCGUAAUCUUGCUGACAAAAGAAACUAAAAAAACAUCUGACAGGGUGGAAAACAACACUUGUCUGUGCAAAGUUGCACUUAUCUUAUGGCCAAAAUGCACUUGUUUGUUAGAUGUAUACACACAGUGUGUUCUGAUGAGAAGCACUGAAUGUUGAAAAAAUGUUUUUGUUGAAAAAUCUGCACAGGGUGUCUUUAAGUCAAAUUGUUCAUUCACUGUAUCUUAGCCUAUAAAAAAAUGAGGGAGAAAUCCGAUUUGACUGACAAGAAUUAUUUCCAAAUAGUUUUUAGAAAUACUGAAGUAUGUAUCCUUAUUAAUAAAAAAAACAUUAACCUCAUUUUAAGUGAGUAAGUCACUCACUUAAAAUGUGAUUCUGCCAGUGUUGUAAGUUAUUUUCAUUUACUCUUAAUCAAGCUAAAUAUUUAACUGUGCUGGUAGAUAAGCUAACCAAACACACCAGAAUGUUACUCCACGUGUGUGACAGUGAGGAAGCAGUAUUGAGCUGCCAUAGUGAGCAUCAUACUUUAUAACUAAUGAAGCUCGAUUUGCUCCAUUGCACAAACGUGUCACCAAGUGAUUGUUUCCACUGUUAUUCGCUUGUUCCUUUACAGGCUUUGUGCAUUUACAUAUGAGGAAUUAACACAUUAUUUUGUAUGAUUUUGCCCAUUGUUGCCACUGUAAGUGAACAUUUUUUUUAUACUGACAUUUUUUAUUUAUUUGGACACAGUAUUUGUGGUGUCACAUGUUAUAAAUGUACAGAAUGUAGUUACUAUGUAUUUGCAAGUCAUUCAGCUUCUUAGAAAGUCUCUUUGAGAGAUCUGACACAAAAUAAAAAAGUAUGUGUUUGUAGAUUAUAAUAAUCGUGAUAUAGCACACUUCAAGUGUCAUAUUCAAAGUAUUUACCUGGAAUAAUGAUAGUAAAACAAUAGUCUGUCACAGCUCACAUGUUCACUCGGAUUUAUUUUACUUAUGUUAUGCACACGGAAAUAUAUGUGAUGAUGAUGUAC